AAAAGUACCGGGAUGAAGUUAUGUGAGCGAGUUACAGGGGGGUAGAGCCGCUGCUCCGGUGCGGUGUGUUUGUGGUGAGGUAGGAAGGGCAGUCCGGGGGCGGGAUGAGUUGGAGACAAGACAAGACGUAGGUGAGAGACAUCAUGCUUUCAGAAGUGUCGGUGAGGUGAGCAGAUAAAGAGCCAUGUGCACAUCCUGGUGACUACUGUUUCUAGGACAGCGGGACAAUAGCAAGGAUGAACUGGCAGGUAGUGAAAUGCUGUUUCUUUCUGGGAGUUACCACAGUGUUGUGUAGUCUGGAUUUUAACUACCAUGACAAUAAAGCUGUGGAAAACUAUUUGAAGGAUAUUAAUAAAAAUUACUCAUCAAUAACGUAUCUUCAUAGUAUUGGGAGCUCAGUGGCAGGUAACCAACUAUGGGUUUUGGUCAUAGGAUUAAAUCCUUCCAAGCAUAUGAUUGGCAUUCCAGAAAUGAAGUAUGUUGCAAACAUGCAUGGCAAUGAGGUGGUUGGAAGGGAAUUAAUGCUUCACCUAAUAGAAUUCUUGGUCACAAGUUAUAAAAAUGAUACUGGGAUAUCACUAUUAAUAAACAGUACUAGGAUCCAUAUCAUGCCUUCUAUGAAUCCAGAUGGGUUUGAUGCAUCAGUUCCAGAUUGUUACGGAACAACUGGCAGAACGAAUAAAAAUGGCUAUGACCUGAACAGAAACUUUCCUGAUGCCUUUGAUUUAAACCCUGAUCCUAUCCAGCCAGAGACCAGGGCAGUGAUGGACUGGAUUAAAAAUGAAACAUUCGUCCUGUCUGCCAACUUCCAUGGUGGAGCUGUAGUGGCUAGUUAUCCAUACGAUAAUGGAAAUUCAGGAAACAAAGGAAUAAGUCCAGACAAUGAUUUCUUCAAGAAUAUUGCAACACUGUAUGCAACCAAACAUACUAACAUGUAUAAAGGCGUUGAGUGUCCAAAUAUGGCUAGUUUUCCUGGUGGCAUCACCAAUGGUUAUCAGUGGUACUCCGUUCGAGGUGGGAUGCAGGAUUACAAUUACAUCUAUGGCCAAUGUUUUGAAAUUACCAUUGAAAUUUCAUGUUGCAAAUAUCCAAAUGAAUCAACACUGUCCCAGCAUUGGAACGAUAAUAAAGUUUCUCUGAUUGAAUACAUGGCGCAAGUUCAUUCAGGAAUAAAAGGACGGGUGUUUGACAAGCUAGGAAAUCCCAUUUCUGGUGCAAUUGUGGAAGUCAACAACAGAAAACAUGUUAAACCUUAUAAAACCAAUAGUAAUGGUGAAUAUUACCUUCUCCUCCUACCAGGAGUCUACACAUUCAGUGUAUCAGCCUCAGAUGUAUCAAUACUUCAGACUAUUAAUGUCACAAAAAAUCAGAAUUUUUAUGCAUUGAAACACGACUUUUCGUUAAAUUUGCCAACAUCAAGCGUAAAUAGCCAUCUACAAGUUUGCACUUUGCUUUCCUUCCUAAGUACCAUAUUGGUAAUAUUUUCUACUUGAUUGUCCCAAGAAGCGGAACUAGAGAAAUGUACUGACCCAAAACUGCCUCCAUGUUCUGCCCUUGUAGAGAAGCUGCCAAUAAAUAUCUACAGGAAACGACAAGAUUUUUGUUACCAUUAAAACACGAUCUCUGUUUGUAUAUAAAAUGUAUAUACUGCAUUAUAUACCAUAUAGUUGCCAUAUUACAGGGGUACAAUGUAUGUAUUUUCCCAAUGCUUUUUAGAUAUUCGGGUACAAGCAGGGUGCAUUUCUUCAGAAAUUACCUGAACUUUUGCCUCCGACUACAUAGUUGUUCAUACAAUAGUCAGUGGCGUAACUACGGGGGGAGCAGGGGGUGCAACUGGGCCAGGGCCUGCACCCCCACAGGGCCCCCCCGGCAGAUUGCGCGCCCUGCGGCCGGCUGGAGUCGGCUGCACCUGCAAAGUAAAUUUGCACGGACGAGGGUGGGGGGGCCAGCUGCACGGCCUGCACCAGGGCCCGCCCCCACCUAGUUCCGUUACUGACAAUAGUUCUGAUAGGAAUACAGUCAUGUUCUUUGAUCACACAAAUCUGGGAUUAUAAUGGUGAUGUGUAUAUUAUAAUCAAGUAACAGCAACAGAAGGGGUUAAACAAUACCUGAGUGAGAUGCUGUAGAUGCCUUAAUAAGUGUUUGACUAUAAGUGUGUAAAUUAGUCACAGACAAAAAACUUGAAACUUAAAGGGCAAAUGUACCCGUCUUUUUGACAUGAGCUCAUUGAGCUUGUCUUACACAGAAAGGUUGCAAGAACACUGUCUGCAGGGGGUAACUAUAGAGGAAGCAGACCCUGUGGCUGCAGAGGGGCCCAGGGGGUAUAGGGGCCUAAUUCUUAUACAAUUUCAGUAAAUAUUGAUAAACUGGUCAACCUCAUUUUGGGGGCCUGAAAAGCAAUUUGCUGUGGGGCCCAGUAAUAUCUAGUUAUGCCACUGACUGAAAUUAAAGAUAUAAAUGUAUUUUUAUCACACAAACAUACAUGAUUGCACUAAUUAAAAGGAAACCAUGAUAGUUUGUCUAUGCUCUCAGGUACCAUUUCCCCAGUCCCUUUUGGCUCACACCCUUGUUACAUUGUAAGUGCGACUUGAAAUCCCUCUGCUUUCCAAAGAAUUUCUUCACCACCACCCACUAUGGAACGCAGAGGCACUUCAGUUCCCUGAACACUUCACAAUACGACAAGGGGAGAGAGUGGCAAGUCACUGUGAGCCUAAGGCAGGUUAAAAAAUGGGUUGUAAUAAUAAUUUCUGAAUUUUUUUUUCCUUAUGGAAGAAAAAUGCAUUUUUUUUUCAAUCCAGUUUAAACACAGACGACCACUCUAAUGAAUUUUACCUGAUGUAAGAUUUACUAAAAUUUUUUAAAGGAAUUGUUCAGUAUCAAAAUUAAAACUGGGUAAAAAUACAGUAUCUAGUAACUGGGUAGAAAUACAGUAUCUAAUAAACAUUAUUGUUUCACACUGCAGAAAUACCCAUGAUGCUGCAAUUUUAAAUAAGUGUGAAUAAUGGCAUUUGUUAGGCAAUAUUUCCCUGUAUGUGCAAAACGUGCCUUUUUUUAUUGAAUGUUGCUCACGUCUGCUCAAAAGUUGUCCAGAUUUUGUUUGACUCUUCAGUUAAUAUGUUAAUAAACUGUCCUUAUAUGUCUUUUAGUAACUUUAUUAUUUAAACCUUUUUAUUAUGCUAUUAAAGUUACCCUAGGAAUUCUGCCA